GAGAGGAGGAGAACUGCUGAUGGAUGAUCCGGAUGUUGAUUACUGAUGCCUGCGUACGGACAGACCACGCUGCAGCAGGAAUGGACGCCUUCGAGUUGUUUCGGAAACUCGGUUCGGGAGCUAAGUUUGACCUGAAGAGGUUUGGUCAAGAUGCCGCUCGGUUUAAGUGUGUCAGGACUCAAGGAGUGGACGCGUCCUCAGAUCGUUUCACUGCGAUCGAUUACUUUGGCACAGGACCAACCAAUGGAGCCCAGAGCAGCUCUAAAGGCCCGGAGGAGGAGGAGGAGGAGGAGGAGGAUGGAGAGGGAUAUGAGGUGGGAAGUGAAAGUGGCAAAAGGAAGCCAAAGGAUGUGGAGAGAGGCGUGAGGAAGAAAAAGAAAAAGACGAAAAACAGCCAGGUGGAAGCUGGUGUCGGGUCGCUGAAAGACACGGGGGGAAAUGGCAUCACCUGGACCUCCUCACUGGACAGAGACUUCGAAAACCUGCAGAGCGAUGGGAAGGAGAAAUUCUCUCUGAAGAGGCUGAAACAUCUUCAUCAGGAAAAGGUGAAUCGUAUUCGCUCUCAACACCGUAUCAACGUGCACGGCUGUGAUGUACCUGACCCCGUGUGCACCUUUGAGGAGCUCCAGUCCGAGUAUUGUCUCAACCCUCGUGUCCUCCAGAACCUCAAAGACGCCGGGCUGAGCUCCCCGACGCCGAUACAGAUGCAGGCCAUACCGCUCAUGAUGCAUGGUCGGGAGCUUCUGGCCUGUGCUCCCACAGGAUCAGGAAAGACUCUGGCUUUCUGUCUCCCGCUGCUCGCCCACCUGCAGCAGCCGGCCAACCAGGGCUUCAGAGCUGUGAUCAUCUCCCCAACCAGAGAGCUGGCCAGCCAGACCUACAGAGAGCUGCUCCGUCUGUCAGAGGGAGUAGGAUUUAGAGUUCACAUCAUAGACAAAGCCUCUUUGGCGGCCAAGAAAUAUGGACCAAAGUCAAACAAAAAAUAUGAUAUACUCGUCAGUACUCCAAACAGACUCAUCUUCCUUCUCAAGCAGGAUCCUCCAGCUCUCGACCUCAGCAGUGUGGAGUGGCUGGUUGUCGAUGAGUCCGAUAAGCUGUUUGAGGAUGGUAAGAUGGGCUUCAGGGAGCAACUCGCCACAAUUUUUUUGGCCUGUUCUGGUCCGAAGGUGCGCAGGGCGUUCUUCAGCGCCACCUGCACGUCUGAUGUGGAGCAGUGGUGCCGUCUGAACCUCGACAACCUGGUGUCUGUCAACAUUGGGCACAGAAAUACAGCAGUUGAGACUGUGGAACAGGAGCUGCUGUUUGUUGGGACAGAAAAUGGCAAACUGUUAGCCAUGAGGGAGAUCAUCAAAAAAGGUUUCCUGCCUCCUAUGCUGGUGUUUGUGCAGUCCAUAGAGCGAGCACGGGAGCUUUUCCACGAGUUGGUUUAUGAAGGCAUCAAUGUAGACGUGAUCCACGCAGACCGCACACAACAGCAGAGGGACAACGUAGUGAGCAGUUUUCGCUCCGGUAAGAUUUGGGUAUUGAUCUGCACGGCUCUGCUCGCCAGAGGAAUCGACUUCAAGGGGGUCAACCUCGUGCUGAACUAUGACUUCCCCACCAGCGCUGUCGAGUACAUCCACCGAAUUGGUCGAACUGGUAGAGCUGGACAUCAGGGGAAGGCCAUCACCUUCUUCACAGAAAAUGACAAACCACUGCUGCGCAGCAUCGCUAAUGUCAUAAAACAAGCUGGCUGCCCUGUACCCGACUACAUGAUCGGCUUCAAGAAGAUACACAGCAAAGUGAAGCGGAGAUUUGAGAAGAAACCUCCAAACCGAAGCACCAUUUGCACAACUCCUCGCUUCUUAAUGAAGAAGAAAGGAAAAGCAACAAAUAAAGGACAGAAAGGAGGGAAGCAGGCUGCAGGUGGAGAGAAGAAAGGAGAGAGUGAAUCUCAAAGAGAAGUGCAGCAGCAGAAAGUGAAAAAGAAAACACAAGGACAGGGGCUGAAGAGAAAUAAAAUACAGAAAAAAAGGGAAACAGAAAAACAGAAGAAAACAUCUCAGAAGACAGGAUCAAAUUCUUCUGAAGUCAAGUUAAAAAAGAAAAAGGCGAAGAAAAAUAAGCCACAAGAAGACUAGAGGAGUGGGACGAGCAGAUUGAUGAAGAUGAAUGAAAAUCGACGAUCCUUUUUUUUACUGCUAAAUUUACAGUUGUGCUUUGUAUUAUCAGAAUAUAAAAUAAACAGUUUUAUUUAAA